AUGGGCAUCACCGAGGCCGCUGAUAGAAUAGCUUUGGCAGUAUUCGAGCUCGAUGAUGAGGCUGACCAUUGGUGGGAGUUGAUGAAGAACACUCGUGACGUAGCAAGCCUGUCAUGGAACCAGUUCAGGGAACUAUUCUUAAAUAAAUAUUUCCCAAGUACUAUCCGCCGAGAACGAGUCAAGGAAUUCCAGAAUCUGGAACAAGGAAAUAUGACCGUGACCCAGUAUGCUGCAAAAUUCGAAGAGCUAGCCCGCUAUGCAACUAGACUCGUGGCAAAUGAUGAAGAAAAAGCAAGGAUGUUCGAGUGGGGACUGGAUCUUACAAUUAGAGGAAGAGUCCUUCCGCAACGACUCCCCUCAUAUGCCGAGGUGUUGGAAACGGCAUUAGAAUCUGAGAGGGAAGUAAACGACGCCAGGAAAGCUUGGAAUAAGAGAAGAGGAAGUCAGGCAACAAUUGGACCCCAGAGGAACCAGAAGGAAAGCAUGACCUCAAAGCCCUACUCCAGACCACAACCACAACAACAACGACAGCAACCGCAGCAACAGAUUCAGAGAGGAGGCUAUCAAAGGCCGGCGGGACAAAUCCAGUGCUUUCAUUGCCAACAGUUAGGGCACAAGAAGAGCGAAUGCCCCCAACUCCUUCCAUUUGGAUAUCAAGGAGGAGGUUCCGGAGCAAAUGCCCAGGCAUUAGGUGGGCAGAAGCCUUGGACAAACAAGACAGGACCUACCGAGCAGCAGCACUAG